CAUCAGGGUUUGCCAUCUAUAAAAAGGAAGAGGAAUCCGAUAAUGCGCAUACGCAAUCUCAAUCCCUUAUCUUCUCUACUUUUAUUUCUUCUGAUUCUCAUCAACAUGGCGGAAUCAACCGGAUCUCCUUCAUCCGAAGCAACGAUCCAGAUCGUUUAUACCGAGCAGCCCCAGGACGAGCGGCCUGAGGACUACCACAUCCGUGUUCUCUCCGCCGUCCUUGGCAGUGAGGAGGCUGCGAGGGAGGCGUUGCUUUACAGCUACAAGAAUGCUGCGACUGGAUUCUCCGCCAAACUCACUCCCGAGCAAGUCGUUGAAAUUUCGAAGCAACCAGGCGUAGUUCAGGUUGUUCCGAGCAGGACAUUGCAGCUGCAUUCUGGACCAGGAAGGCUGCAGUAGAUGAUGAAAUAAAAGCUUAACCUCGUCAAGGCUUAUAUAUAUAUAUAUCGUAAUGUUGGUUUUCAAUGUGUACAUGGAAAACGUUUGACUCAUGGGGGGUGCUUUAAUAAUAUUGUGAAUGUAUGAAUAUAUACUUAUUAUACUUGCUUUUGCCUCGUUAUGUUUUAACUCAAAAAAUUAAGCAGGAAAUGUAGUAUCCUUUCAAGCA